AUGGCUGCACCACGAGCGACCUCUUUUAUUGCCCUCCGUAAUCUGGCCAAGUCUUCAGCAAGCGGCCAGCAUGCACGAUUCCUCCAUAUGACCGGUCCACAGACCUACUCAAGCCCAUCACUUCACAGAGGCUCGAACCUACCACGAGACCUUGCAGGUCUCCGUGCUGAAUGCAAGCGGAGAAAGAUCGAAACCAGUGGAGCUAAGAGUGAUCUGGUAGCCAGAAUCACGGCCGACGAGAUCGCACACUCUCGCUCGUUCAGCACUGAGACGCGACCUUCGCCAUCGGCUUCCACUAAAGCACCAGUAACCCGCCACUUCAACACCUCUCGUACUCUCAAGGCUGUGAACGACAGCUCGACCAUCGACUUUGCAUUCAUGCCUCAGAUCCUUGGCUCGGAGGAUGCUGGCAUUGCAGCGAUUCGUGUUCCAAUUCUACCAGACAUCAACUUCAACCAGAACAAGGCAGCCAUCGCACCGGAAGAGCCAGCUGUGAUGCUCCCUCAGAUUUCCACAAUGUCCGCAGAUGCAGUCAUCCUUCCUUUAUCUGACCACACCACGCCAUCGGACGAGUACCUCCACAUCGACUUUAGGAGUAUGGCGGACCGUGUCUCGGCCAAUCUCGCAAACAUAAAACUGCCGGUAGAGCAACAGGCCGGGAUGGUGAAGAGGAUUUUUGGAGAUAUGAUCGACGACGCUAUGGGCAUUAAGAGACCUAUUCCUGCUUGA